AUGAAAAAUUUGGUUGAUGAGAAUACAAAAACAUGGCAUAAACAUCUUUAUGAAGCUCUAUGGGCUGAUUGGAUAACUCCAAAGAGAGAAAUUGGUAUGGAACCUUUUGAAUUAGUAUAUGGGAUAAGGGCUCAACUGGCACUGCCAUUGGAAUUGGUUGCUUCCAAACUUCAGACUAUGAUUGAGGAUCAAUUCUUCAAGGAUUCUAUUGAGAAGCGGAUUAUGUAUCUCACCAAGUUAGAGGAGGAAAGAGAAGAACUAGUUGACAAAAUAACUCUACAUCAACCUCAUGUCAAAGAAAUAUUUGACAAAAACGAAAGGCCUCAAAAUUUCAUGGAGGGUGAUGAGGUCCUUUUGUGGGAUAAGCGUAGGGAGCCAAAAGGUGUACAUGGAAAAUUUGAAUCACUCUGGAAGGGACCGUUUGUGAUUCAUGAGGGCGAGGUGGCUGCUGAUGUGGCAGUCCGUACGGAUGACUAUGUGCGGUAUAUCCACGUGGCACAGUACGGAAGCUGCUGA